UACAAUUUAGUGCAUGACGCCUUGAGCUCAAAUUUUGCCACAAAAUCAUCCUUUGUGUCACCUCCACUACCAUAUUUACUUAAAUAUCAUUUCCCCCACUCAACAAUUUCCCCGCAAUCUCACUGCAUUUUUGGGUAAAUUCCACCUCUAUGGUUCACACUUCUCUUCUCUUUCACCUUAUUGACUUUUGCCAAAUCCCAGCAACACAAAAAAAGGUGAUCUCGAAAAGCAGCUUUUUUGAGUUGUAUAAAUUGAGUAGUGAUAGCUUUGAGACAAUUAACAUUCAACUUCAUAGAGAAAAUGGCAAGCAGUCUCCUUCAUGUGCUUGUGAUCUUGCUAGGGUUUUCUCACCUUGUCUUCUUGAAUGCCAUCCCAGCUACAAGAAUUGGAAGCUUAAAUCAUGGACCUCAACUUCAUCAAAUUGCAGGAAGUAACAAACUGGUAACCACAGAGAAGAGUUAUAAAGAGCAAGCUAUCACUGAAAGAAUGGAUGUGGAGCUUCAUGACUACCCGGGUUCAGGCGCCAACAACCGCCACACACCGAGGCCGCAGUCUGAAAGAUGCUCCGAUUGCUAGUUUUCUGUUGGAACUAUUGGUUUUAAGGUUUACAUUGAACUGUUAUGUAUGGAAGUAUUGUAAACGAUAUUUUUGUUGCUAGAUCAGUCAUUUAAGUUUAUUGUUUGGGGUUAGACGGAGUAGGAAUGUAGGAACUAAAUGCAUUACGUGAAAUGAAAUCAUGGAUUAACGCAAAUUUAUAUGUACAACGGUUAUGAUGACUAUUAAUUUGAUCAAGCAGAAUGAAUGUAUGAGCUUUUGAUGUUGUUGAUAA